AUGCCCGCUCCUGCCUACACUCCCUUGCCCACAAAUGCGUCAGUGCCACUCUCUGGAUUGACCUUUAACCCAGAGUCAUUGCCUUUGCCACCACCCGAUCAGUCACCGUUCACAGCUUUAGGGCUUGGAUACAUCAAAAAGUUUCGUGAGGAGCGACUCUCCUCUCUGAGACCUUUCUCGGAAUUUUUCAAUACUAGUCGCAUGUCAAAACCUGAUGGUGUCGGUACGGUGAUCACUCGACUCAACCAUAACCUUCCUUACUUCCAAGGCAACUACACUGUUGUGUUCCUAGGCAUUACAGCCUAUAAUCUUGUCAGCAAUUCUAUGCUCAUGUUUAGUGUAGGAUUUACACUCGGAGGUAUGCACUUCAUCUCCAAGGUCUCCCCGGAAGGCAUCAUUGUCGGUACAACUAGAUACAACCCACGUCAGCUCCAAACAGGGCUUGCUUGUGCUGCUGUGCCUCUUUUCUUCUUCAGCUCAACAUUAGGCACCAUUUUUUAUAUUGUUGGUGCUAGUGCAGUAAGCAUUCUCGGCCAUGCAUCCUUCAUGCAGGUGGGCGUGGAAGACAGCAAUGUUUGA